CGCUCACGCUUGUUUCAUGUGCUCGCCCCUGAUCUUCACUCUCUCUCCUCUCUCUCUCUAGAAUUUGCGCAGAGUUUCAGAUCCAAAAUAUCUGUUCUGGUUAUCGAGAUCGGAGGAGGUUCGGGUCGGUCCAAUCCCUAUCCGAUCCGAUUAGGUUACACAGAUGAAAGCUGAAUACAUUCCACCUAGAGAAGAUGUUAUCAUGCAAAACGAAGCACCAGACGAUGUCUAUGUGAUCGUUUCAGGUGAAGUGGAAAUUAUAUACUCUGAAGAGGAAAGAGGAAAAUGAACAAGUGGUAGGAUCCCUAGGCACAGGAGAUCUAUUUGGAGAAGUUAGUGCAUUGUGUAAUAGGACUCAAGGUUUUACUUUCCGGACCCGAACGUUAUCCCAGCUACUAAGGUUAAAGCACAGCGCACUUAGAGAAGCUAUGCAAGCCAAACAAGAGGACAGCAUACUUAUAGUUAAGAACUUUCUCAAGGUGGAGUGAUAACAAACAGUCAUGCCUGUCAUCAAACUCGAAAAACAGUAUUACACAACUAGUAGUCUUGUUAUAGGAUAUGCUCUGUGUUCUAGUUUGCUUGCCAUAAUCAACAAAUAUGCAAUCACAAAGUUCAACUACCCGGGCCUCUUAACUGCACUUCAAUACUUGACCUCAGCUCUGGGAGUUUGGAUUCUCGGAAAAUUAGGGUUUCUAUAUCAUGACGCCUUCACCCUAGAAACAGCGAAGAAGUUCUUCCCUGCUGCAGUUGUCUUUUACCUCGCAAUAUUCACCAACACCAAUCUCCUCCGUCAUGCCAAUGUCGACACUUUCAUCGUGUUCAGAUCACUGACUCCUCUUCUUGUUGCCAUUGCUGACACAACAUUCAGAAAACAACCAUGCCCUUCGAAGCUCACUUUCCUAUCUCUAGUGAUAAUAUUGGGUGGUGCAGUUGGCUAUGUUAUGGAUGAUUCAGGCUUCACACUCACAGCAUAUUCAUGGGCUUUUGCAUAUUUGAUCACAAUCACUACUGAGAUGGUGUAUAUCAAGCACAUGGUGACGAACCUAGGGCUCAACACUUGGGGUUUUGUGCUGUACAACAAUCUGUUGUCCUUGAUGUUGGCUCCUUUGUUUUGGUUUGUAACUGGAGAGUACUCUGAUGUUUUUGCUGCUGUUGGAUCGAGCUCAGGAGACUGGUUUGAGAUGGAUGCACUUGUUGCGGUGAUGUUAUCUUGUGUUUUUGGAUUGUUUAUCAGUUUCUUUGGAUUUGCGGCAAGGAAAGCAAUCUCUGCUACGGCAUUUACAGUCACGGGCGUGGUUAAUAAGUUUCUCACAGUUGCGAUCAAUGUGGCGAUAUGGGAUAAGCAUGCCAGCCCAUUUGGACUGGUUUGCUUGCUUUUUACUCUUGCCGGUGGAGUUCUUUAUCAGCAAUCAGUUACUGUGCCUCCGAGUCAGCUUGACUCUGCAGCUUCUAAACAGGCAAACGGUGCGGAUGGAGGUAGUGAUUCUGACGACGAGAAGCAAGGAGUUGGCAAGGAUUCGAGCGUAUGAACUUUGUGACAGUUCUCAUUCCCUUUUAAAGUCAUAGGAGAAGUUGUACCGUAGAAGGCUUACUCAUUGUUUCGGUUAGUAUAGGUAUUGCUCUUGUAUGACAGGAAUCUUGAUUUGCUUUCCUUUUUUUUUCUUGAUUAGCAGUUGUUCCUUUAUGCAGACUACAUACUAUCGGUUAGUUGUAACAUUUUUGCCUUUCGAGCGUGGAAAAGUUCUCGGAUGGAAAGUACUUGCAAAUUUGUGGCUGAGCAGUUUAUAUGCUAUAGCUAUCAUGAUUUAGUUGCA